GCACUGUCAAUGCUAGAUGUGCCCUGAAGGGUCUCCAAAAUGAGAUUUCCAGCAAAAAUUGUGUGGCUUCUGCUGUGGACCGUUUGUGUCGCAGAAGACUGUAAAGAACCCCCUCCCAGAAAGGAAACAGAAAUCCUUUCAGGUUCUUGGACUGAACAAACAUAUCAAGAGGGCACUCAGGCUACAUAUAAAUGCAGCCCUGGAUACAGAACUCUGGGGAGUAUUGUAAUGGUGUGCAAGGGUGGAAAAUGGGUGUCUCUUCAUCCAUCGAGGAUAUGUCGGAAAAAGCCCUGUGCACACCCUGGAGACACUCCAUUUGGUUCUUUCCAUCUUGCAGAAGGAACUCAGUUUGAAUAUGGUGCAAAAGUUGUUUAUACGUGUGAUGAGGGGUAUCAGAUGCUGGGUGAGAUGAAUUUCCGUGAAUGUGACACAAAUGGAUGGACCAAUGAUAUUCCCAUAUGUGAAGUUGUUAAGUGUUUCCCGGUGACAGAACCAGAGAAUGGGAAAAUUUUCAGUGGUGCCCUGGAACCAGACCAAGAAUAUACCUAUGGACAAGUGGUACAGUUUGAGUGUAAUUCAGGCUACAUGCUGAAUGGACCCAAACAAAUACAUUGCUCAGCAGGUGGUGUUUGGAGUGCAGAAACUCCAAAAUGUGUAGAAAUUUUCUGCAAACCACCUGUCAUUUUAAAUGGACACGCUGUACUUCCAAAGGCAACUUAUAAGGCAAAUGAACGAGUUCAAUAUAGAUGUGCAGCCGGUUUUGAAUAUGGUCAGAGGGGAGAUACAAUAUGCACUAAAUCUGGAUGGACUCCAGCUCCUGCUUGUAUAGAAAUAACAUGUGAUCCUCCUCGUAUUCCAAAUGGUGUGUACAGGCCUGAAUUAAGCAAAUACAGAGGUCAAGAUAAAAUCACUUAUGAGUGUAAAAAGGGUUUUAUUCCUGAAAUCCGUGGAACUGAGGCAACGUGUACCAGAGACGGCUGGGCACCUGCUCCAAGAUGUGCUUGGAAACCUUGUGAUUAUCCAGUAAUCAAACAUGGAUGGCUAUAUUAUUCAUACAGAGGAUACUUUCCAGCACAUGUAAAUCAACAGUUUCUCUAUUCCUGUGAUCGGGAUUUUGUGCCUCCUUCACAACGUUCCUGGGACCAACUGACUUGCACAGCACAAGGAUGGUCUCCAGAAGAACCGUGCCUCAGACAAUGUAUUUUCAAUUAUUUGGAAAAUGGAUAUAACCCACAUCGUGAAGAAAAAUAUUUACAGGGUGAAACUGUAAAAGUUCGCUGCUAUGAAGGCUACAGUCUUCAAAAUGAUCAGAACACAAUGACCUGCACAGAGAGUGGCUGGUCUCCUCCUCCCAGAUGCAUCCGUGUCAAAACAUGUUCAAAAUCUGAAAUAAGAAUUGAGAAUGGAUUUUUGUCUGAAUCUGCCUUUACGUAUCUCCUAAAUAAACAAACAGAAUAUAAGUGUAAACCAGGCUAUGUAACAGCUGAUGGUAAGACAUCAGGGUUAAUUACAUGUCUGCAAGAUGGAUGGUCAGCUCAACCUGUAUGCAUUAAAUCCUGUGACAGGCCAGUACUUGAGAAGGCCAGAGUCAAAAGUGAUGACACGUGGUUCAGGCUGAAUGACAGGCUGGACUACGAAUGUCUUGAUGGGUAUGAGACUCGAGAGGGACGAACCAGAGACUCCAUAGUAUGUGGUCAAGACGGCUGGUCCGAUAAAGCUGCAUGCUAUGAAAAAGAAUGCAGUAUUCCCCAAAUGGAUACAUACUUAAAUGCUUAUCCCAGGAAAGACACAUUUAAAGUUGGGGAUGUGCUGAAAUUCUCCUGCAGUCAAGGCCGUAUUAUGGUUGGAGCAGAUUCCGUUCAAUGCUACCACUUUGGAUGGUCCCCUAAACUUCCAACGUGUAAAGCAAAGAAAGUAAAAGCGUGUGCUCCACCUCCUCAACUUCUCAAUGGAAAAGGGAAAGAAAUACACAAAGAAGAAUAUGCACACAAUGAGGUCGUGGAAUAUGCUUGCAACCCCAGAUUUCUGAUGAAGGGUUCUCAUAAAAUUCAGUGUGUUGAUGGAAGAUGGACAGCUUUACCUGUGUGUAUUGAGGAGGAGCGUACCUGUGGAGAUAUACCUGACCUUGAUCACGGCGAUAUCAAGCCUUCUGUCCCUCCCUAUCACCAUGGAGACUCGGUAGAGUUCAGUUGCAGAGAAGCAUUUACAAUGAUUGGACCCAGAUUUAUCACGUGUAUUAGUGGAGAGUGGACCCAGCCUCCUCAGUGCAUUGCAACAGAUGAACUUAAGAAGUGUAAAUGGUCAACUGAGGGAAAACCAGCACAUACGAUUGAAUAUGACCAUAACACCAACAAAAGUUACCAAUGUCGAGGAAAAUCAGAACAGAAACACUCAAUCUGUAUAAAUGGAGAAUGGGAUCCUAAAGUAGACUGCAAAGAAGAAGCACAAAUACAAACAUGCCCACCUCCACCUCAGAUUCCCAAUGCUCGAGAUAUGACAACUACUGUGAAAUAUCAGGAUGGAGAAAAAAUAUCAAUUCUAUGUAAAGAAAAUUAUUUAAUUCAAGAUGCAGAAGAAAUUGUGUGCAAGGAUGGGAGAUGGCAGUCAAUCCCACGUUGUAUUGAAAAAAUUGGAUGUUCUCAACCACCUCAAAUAGACCAUGGAACCGUUAACUCAUCUAAUUCUGCAGAAGAAAGGAGAGAAAUACAUGAACAAAGGCUGUAUGCACAUGGCACGAAGUUAAGUUAUACUUGUGAAGAAGGCUUCGAGAUAUCUGAAAAUAAUGUGAUAAUAUGCCACAUGGGAAAGUGGAGCUCUCCACCUCAGUGUGUAGGACUUCCUUGUGGAGUUCCACCUUAUAUUCAGAAUGGUGUUGUAUCUCACAAGAACGACAGUUACCAAUAUGGAGAAGAAGUUACUUAUGACUGUGAUGAAGGGUUUGGAACUGAUGGACCUGCAUCCAUAAGAUGUUUAGGGGGGCAAUGGUCUCGUCCACAAGAUUGCAUAAGCACAAAUUGUGUUAACUUGCCCACCUUUGAUGAUGCUGUACUCAUAGAUCGGGAGAAGGAUUCCUAUAAGUCAGGAGAACAAGUGGCUUUUAAGUGUCUAUCAUAUUAUCAGUUGGAUGGAUCUAAUACUAUACAGUGUAUUAAGAGCAAAUGGAUAGGAAGGCCAGCAUGCAGAGAUGUUUCCUGUGUGAAUCCACCUCAAGUGGAAAAUGCUAUUAUACAAAAUCAGAAGUCUAGAUAUCAAAGUGGUGAGAGAGCACGUUACGAAUGUGUUGGGAAUUAUCACCUUUUUGGGGAGAUAGAUGUCGUAUGUUUAAAUGGAACUUGGACAAAGCCACCUCAGUGCAAAGACUCUAAAGGAAAGUGUGGGCCUCCUCCACCAAUAGACAACGGAGACAUUACCUCACUCCUGCAAUCAGUAUAUCCUCCAGGAAUGAUUGUUGAGUACCGGUGUCAGGCCUACUAUGAACUUCAGGGAAACAGAAACGUAGUAUGUCGGAAUGGAGAGUGGUCAGAACCACCAAAAUGCUUAGAGGCAUGUGUAAUUUCAGAAGAAACAAUGAGAAAACAUCACAUACAGUUAAGAUGGAAACACGAUAAAAAACUUUACUCCAAAACAGAGGAUACUAUUGAAUUUAGGUGUCGAUAUGGUUAUCGUCCACGGACAGCACCAGAUACAUUUCGAACAACUUGUCGGGAAGGAAAGGUGGUGUAUCCUCAAUGUGGAUAG